GUUUAUGACAGUGUUGCACAAUCCCGUCAGAUAGCAGUGUACUGGUAUUUACCCCUGGGAGGGCUAUUCCAAAGUGAUAAGGUGGGCCACAUUUGAGAUUAGAUUUAGUAUGGCAGGGCAGCACUAUCAUCAUAAUCUGAGGGAAGACAACACUGGUCCCAGUGGAGUGUCCUGAGCUGAGUAAAGUGAGAGCUGGUGCUCUACUAAAAAGUGAUGAAGAGACAGAGGUCCUGGGGGGACUGGGAGCUCCUGGGAAACAACACAGACGAUAACACAGACAACAGUGAACAGGAUGAGUCCUUGUCUCUGAGGUCGUCUUGGUCCCUGGCGGACACGAUGAACUACGUUGGCCAGCUGGCAGGUCAGGUGCUGGUAACCGUCAAAGAACUGUAUAAAGGCAUUAAUCAGGCCACGCUGUCGGGCUGCAUUGAUGUUGUUGUUGUCCGCCAGAGGGAUGGCACCUACCAGUGCUCACCAUUCCAUGUGCGCUUCGGCAAGCUGGGUGUACUGCGCUCCAAAGAGAAAGUGAUUGACAUUGAAGUGAAUGGAGAGCCAGUGGAGCUGCACAUGAAGCUUGGUGACAAUGGAGAGGCCUUUUUUGUCCAGGAAGCUGAGCAGCUGAAUCAGAUCGUCCCUGCCCACCUGGCCACCUCUCCAAUCCCCACCGAGAGUCACCUAUUCUGGAUCUCAGAGGUUGAGCACAGGCCACCAAAGGAUCUGGAGGAUGACCCCGCUGACCCAGAGGACCCACCCGAGCCUCCUGCUCCUAGCACCGUGGCCACAAAAAAGAAGAAACGACGGAGGAAGAAGCAUAAAGGAGACCCCCGAAGAGAGGAGCUGACCCCGCCCAUGUCAGUCACUACCAGUAAUGCUAUUGCUGCUAACACACCUGCUGCUACGACUGCUGCUAUGUCCAGCACUGGGCAAAAUGAAGAGAUCUUUGAGAUGGACAUGAGCUCUGACGAGGAAGCUGCUGCACAUGUCUCAAGGUCACCUUCAGUGACCACAAUGCGAGAUAUUGACCCCAAAUUACCCGCAGCUAGACACAACCUCGAUGGUUAUCCAAUGUCUGAUGGGGACUGGCCUGCGAAUGACAGUCACGGCUUGUCUCAGGCCUUUUCCCCAAAGAGUGACUCCGAGCUGAUGGUCAGGCCCUCAGAGAGUUUACUCAGAGCUGAGUCCCACAUGCAGUGGACCUGGGGGGAGUUUCCAGAAACAACCAGGGUCACCAAAAAAGAGAAACCAGAGCUUCUAAAAACCGUGACCAUCACCCCAUCAGAGAGCACCCACUUCCGCGUCAUCCUCAGCUCUGAGGCCAUGGAGAACGAGUCUGAGAUCGAAAGGGGAGAGGGUGCCUCCUCCUCCUCCUCCUCCUCAGUGUGUACCAUUGUUAAGCCCGAGCCACGCACCCCUAUUACCACUAUGACACCUGUGAUUCCUCUGGCAUCUGUUAGUACCAUAACCUCUGUAAGUCCUGUUUCCCCCACGGAGCCCCUGGAUGUUUUGCCACCCAGUGUGGCAACCUCCACCCCUUUCAGCAGCCAACAGAGUGAUUCACCCUCAAAGAAGAAAGGUGUCCCAAAGAGGAGCCAGCAUCAGGGUCCUGAGGAUAUCUACCUAGAUGACCUGAAUGUACUUGAACCUGAUGUUGCUGCACGAUAUUUUCCUAAGAGCGAGUCUGAGGCAGCGACAAAGCACUGGAUGGACUCAGAGAUGCACUCUGGUUCACAGUCCCCGCAGUCAGUGGGCAGUGCAGCUGCUGACAGCGGGACAGAGUGUCUGUCUGACUCAGCUAGUGACCUCCCAGACGUCACUCUUUCUCUGUGCGGAGGCCUCACAGAAAAUGCUGAAAUAUCCAAAGAAAGGUUCAUGGAGCACAUCAUCACCUAUCAUGAAUUUGCUGAAAACCCAGCAAUUAUAGAUAACCCCAACCUGGUUGUAAAGAUAGGAAAUAGAUAUUAUAAUUGGGCACUAGCUGCACCCUUGAUUUUAAGUCUACAAGCAUUUCAGAAGAACUUACCAAAGGCUACAGAGGAGGCCUGGGUGAAGGAGAAAAUGCCAAAGAAGUCAGGUCGCUGGUGGUUCUGGCGAAAAAGGGCAGAUAGUGCAAUCAAGCAGUCAGAGACGAAGCUUGAAACCAAGGAGGAGUCUCAUCUGGAAGAGGAAGGACCUUCCAUGUCUCAGGAGAAACUGCCCUUGCCGCCUAAAGCAGGAGACUCAUCCAGCGAUGAAGAGGCCAAGGAGGUGAGCGCUGCAUCCUGUCAGGAGAGACUGCAGCCAGUAGAUGGUCAGCACCACCCCAGCCCACACACUUACAGGAAGUCACUACGCCUCUCCUCUGAUCAGAUAGCCAGUCUGAAACUGAAGGAGGGACCUAACGAUGUGACGUUCAGCAUCACCACUCAAUACCAGGGCACAUGUCGCUGCGAGGGCACCAUUUACCUGUGGAACUGGGACGACAAAGUCAUUAUCUCUGACAUCGAUGGCACUAUCACCAAGUCAGAUGUGUUUGGACAGAUCCUGCCACAGCUGGGGAAGGACUGGACCCACCAGGGCAUUGCAAAGCUCUACCACUCAGUAGCUGAGAAUGGCUACAAGUUCUUAUACUGCUCAGCGCGGGCUAUUGGCAUGGCGGACAUGACAAGAGGUUACCUGCAGUGGGUCAAUGACGGAGGCAUCAUUCUACCCCGAGGACCUCUCAUGCUGUCUCCCAGCAGCCUUUUCUCCGCCUUCCACAGGGAGGUGAUUGAGAAGAAACCAGAGAUCUUCAAGAUUGAAUGCCUUACAGAUAUCAAGAACCUGUUCCAGCAUAACAAGCAGCCAUUCUACGCCGCCUUUGGGAAUAGAGCUAAUGAUGUGUUUGCCUAUAAGGAGGUGGGAGUUCCAGUGUGUCGGAUCUUCACAGUCAACCCAAAGGGAGAGCUGAUCCAGGAGCAGACCAAGGGCAACAAGUCCUCUUACAGUCGGCUUAGUGAGCUGGUGGAGCAUGUGUUCCCUCUGCUGAGUAAGGAGCAGAACGAGGCCUUUGUCCUGCCCGAGUACAGCUCUUUCUGUUACUGGAGACAACCCAUACCAGACUUCAACCCUGAUGAACUGCUCUAAUCCAGCACAUAUGGAUAUCCAGGUGCUCAUAUACAUGCAGCUGGGCUGUGCACUUGAAUGCAUCUCCAGAAAACACAUGGACUGAAACCUAAACUUUCAUAUAUAGUUCUCAGACAUGCACACACAGUAACAGGGUUAUCACCAUAAACACAAAAUAAGCUGGUAAACAGUAAUUAUAGUUGAGUGGAAGUUAAAUCCUGAUGAAUAAUCCCCUUAAAAUUGUCACCCCCGGGAGACGAUACUAAUCACCACCUAAAUGAUCAUGUUUCCUCUUGCCUGUGAAGGAAUACGAACCCAGCAAGCAUUCUGUAGUCCCCAUCACAGCACAGGGAUAAAGAUCUGAGAUUUCUCUCUGUAACUUCUAGCAAACAGGAUGGUCUGCAUUUGCCAUCAGGGACACGACUGAAGCCCCACGCGAGGCAUUAGCCCUUAGCACCAGAGUGUGCGCUGCGCAGAAGGAAAAGACAUUGUUUUUCUUGAAUCAAGUUUUUCACAUUUCCUGAACGCCCUGAAGAAGUGAUAUGAAAUGUUCAAAGCAGGAAGGACACACAGGGUAGGAAGUUAAAAUCGACGCCAGAAAUAGUUUGCUGUGGCUACUGUAUUUGCACAGACGCACGUGUCCAUUCUUUAUUCUGUCCUGUAACAUCAAGUAAAAUAGUGAUAGUGGCAGGUAAACAACUGCUACGAACCAUACACAGCAGUUAGUUUACACAAAGCUACAGUUAGUGUAGUUUUGUUCCCGACUUUCUCUGCUGCGUGGUCAUUAGUUGGAACAGAUUUCAGAUCACCACUUUCCCCCUGUAGAGUUUAAGACACUUGUACUGACUGAGUCAUGUUAGGUAUUGUUAAUUCUCAAGGUCAUACCAGGGAUAUACGUUUUGCCAACAAUAUGUGAAGAUGCACAUUUAGAUAUGACUUAAAAACAAAAUGAAGCAGCUUCAUGUUAUAUUGUCUCGCUGUUAUUUUAAUGUUUAUUCUGUUCUACAAGCUCUGGCGAAUCAAGUGUGUUUUGUUAACAAUGCAGUCAUUAUUUAUGAUAAUUGGUAUGUUUUAAGUUAUUGAUUUCUAUCGUGAUGCCUUUGCUUGUCUGAAAAAAAAAAGUAAUUUAUCACCAAUGCAAUGUGGAAAUACUUCAAAUCGGUAUUUUGUAUGAUUGGUCUUUGGUAAACAUGCACUUAACAGUAACUGCUAGGCCUUGUACGAUCUGUUUCUUUUUUUUUUUUCCUUUUUUUUUUUAAGCCUUGUAUCCCAUUCUCACAACGAUCUGUAUUCCUUGUUUUACAGUGAAACUUGUAAGGUACAUACACAUUCCUCAGCAAACCUCAGAAUCCGCAGCUUUAGUAUUAAAGUAUGUGUGUAAAUGUAAAAGAUGACGCUUGAGUCGGAACGGUGGAAAUAAGCAGAUCUGGAGAGACGGCUUAAAAUGAAGGAUUUUCCAUUUGCAAGGUCCUCUGUAGAUGGGAAUAUGUAAGAGUGUGUGUGUGUUUGUGUGCGUGCGUGCAUACAUACCUAAUCACCGAGCGCUGCUGUUGUCAGGGUGGCAGGAUUCAUUCACCCUUUGCUUAUGUUCCCUCAGUGGCUUUACCGAGACUUAUCCAACGCACUUUGUCUAAGCUGCACCCUGAGAACGCCUCUCACCCACAUGCACUUCACUGAAGGUCUUCAUAGACAGUAGACCAGAGUAUGCAAUUAAUGCAAGAGGAAGAGUUCUAGUUUUACCUCUUUGUUGUGUGAGUGACCUUCUGACACCACAGACAAAUCAGCUGUUCUGAAAAUACGUUAAUAUAAGCAAUUAUUGAAGGAGGGUUUGUGUUUGUAGGCUGCGAGGCAAAAUGUGGGGAUUUGGGGUGCUGGACAGCGCUACUCCAUAGUGUGUGCAUGUGUGCAUGUUUGCGUGUGUGUGAGUGAAUGCGAAAAGACGUAAGACUGAUCCCGUGCCUCUGGUGACCAGAGGAAGAGCCAUUGGAUCUUGUUCGGAGAUAAACAGGAAAUACUUGAGGAAGCUAUUAGAAAGCACGUCAGUGGCAUUAUAUUGUGUUUGUUAAUAGAAAAAGACGUGGGCAGAUGUGCCAUGGAUCAUACUUCCACCACAAGUGUAACAGUAACAUGACAACAUGUGGUAGUAAGAAUUAAAAAACAUAGAGUCAGACUGAGACCUGGAGGGAAACUUUGAUAUUUUUGGACCUGGACCCUGUUUUCCAAUGUUUUUGUGUCGAAGUGACUAAUGGAGACAACAGUAUUCAGAGAGAACGCUGCGGCAAUGUGCACCAUCAAUCUACGUCCGUUUUAAGUGCUUGUUUUUGCCACUGACAGGCUCAGAUUGUUAGAUUGUGUCUGAUAACAUCACCGACCCUGCAGGUAAAUGAAACAAUUUUCUUCUCCUUUCGCUGUUCUGUUUAUUGUUGUGUGUAACCAGGUCUUGCUCAAGGAGAAGUCUCAUCAUGACUUAUCGAAAUCAGCUCAAUAUUCAUCCAUGACACUGAAAAUCUUUUAGAUAAUACUAAGCUACGCUUUCUGUGCUCCAACUUUUCCCAGCACUUCACCUUCCAUCUUUCGUGAACAUCUCUGCCUUUGUUUAUCCUGCAGCAAGUCACCUGUCGUAAGAUUUCAGAACAAGAAUUGUAUUUCUCUGUGAUAAUGGGUGGGACGGUGGUACAGUGCUUAGCAUUGUCGCCUCACAUCAAGAGGGUUCCUGGUUCGAACCCAGGGCAGGGGCGUGGGUUUUCUCCGGGUACUCUGGCUUCCUCCCACGAUCCAAAGACAUGCAGGUUAAUUGAUGACUCUAAAUUGGCCCUGUGAUAGUCUGGCGCCCUGUCCAGGUUGUACCCAGCCUCUUGCCCAAUGUCAGCUGGGAUAGGUUCCAGACCCCCCGCAACCCUGAGCAAGAUAAACAGUUACGACUGAAUGAAUGAAAGGAUUAAUGUAGCGUUCUUUUCCGUGACAGUGUCAGACACUGAGCCUGACAGUGGCAAAAAAUGAGCACUUUUAAUGGAUGUAAAUUGACAGUGCACAAAAUGUUUCUCGGUUGCUGACUGUGGACCAAUUUCAGAUAUUGUUGUCUCCAUUAACCACUUUGACACAAAAUCAUGUGAAAACAGCGUCCAGGCUGAAUUAUAACAAAGUCUCCCUUCAACAGUCAAAAACCAUUCAAUGAAAAAAAGCACAAUUUCCGAUCAUGGCUGCGUACAGAUUGCCACUAUUAUCAUCAUUAUUUUGGCUGAAGUGUUUCCGCGUUCACUCUGUAGCUCAGAUGUUUUUGUGAUGAUUAAGAUGCGUGCUUUGCUUUUGAUUUUUAUUUGCUUGUUCUCGACAAAGUUUGGUGAAGUCAAAUAGAUAUAUAUCUUAUGAUUAACAAAAUGAAAUUCCAUUCUUUCUAUGAAAGUAAAGCAUCUUGUGUGGAAGAAUCACACUUCAUCCUGUAUGAUCCUGGGAUACGUAUGUGGUAUAUAAAUAUAAAUAAAAUAUUGUUUGUUCUCACUCAACUGCUGUGGAAAAAAUGAUCCGGUAUAUAUGCUGAUCACCACAUUCUUCUGUCUUUGAUGCCUUGUUUUCUUUGUUUGUUUUAUCGUUUCUUAUCAAGUGUAUGAUCGUUCGUGUGUUUGUUUCAUUCUGUUUGGAGGUAACGCUUGCUAUCUGAUUGUGUCUGACCAACAGAAAUACCUUAAGUGUAUGCUGUGUUUGAUUUGUACAGAAAUGUGGUUUAAAGUAUGUUUAAAGAACAAAAUACCUUGUAAGAAGAGAAAAAAAAUACAGGCCUAAUGAAGCUAACAGAGUGUGGCUUGUGGUCAUAUUUGUAUUAAAUAAAGUUUCUAACUGAA